AUGCUUGGCAAACGUCGACUAUCUGAAACUGAAAUGGAUUCGGAAACGAACGGUAAUGAACAAAGUAAAACUGUUUUGCAAGUCCGAAACGGUGAGAACAAAGAAGGAAUAGAUAAAUCUGGACAAAAACGACAAAAGACUGCCAAACAAGAAAUAAUGAAUGAACCUGUACAAAAACGAGCAAAAACUAUUGUGCAAGAAGAAGAAGUUCAUUUGCCAGAUGCUGACCAUGAAGACGAAGUUGAACAAAUUAAGAAUCUUGAUAAGCAAAUUGAAGAAGAAGAAAAUGCAGCUGAUAACAUUGUUAUCAAAGACUUGAUGGGCUCUGUUCGACCGGAACCCAAUCGAAAAAUCAGCGACGAAGAACGUCGGAAACUGUACGAUAAUGUUUAUUCAAAACUAUUAACACUUCUCGAACGAUGUCAAAAAUACGUUCAUCAUUUGAAUAACAAAGUCAAGCAAUCAUUAGCUGAACAUCAACAAGAUAAGAAAAAGAAGAAAGAUAUCAAACAAGAAGAAACAGCAGCAGCAAGCGAAGAUGACAUGAAACGAACUGGAUUGUUGAAGAAAUACUAUGAUAUGUCACAAAAAGAAAUUCAUGCUCGACAACCAAAAUUCUUUACUGGAACGCUUAAACCAUAUCAGUUAGCUGGCUUGGAAUGGUUACGUACAUUACAUGAAGUUGGACUGAACGGAAUUUUGGCUGAUGAAAUGGGUUUGGGUAAAACGGUUCAAGUGAUUGCAUUCAUCUGUAGUUUAAUACAAGAUAGUGCACCCGGUCCAUUUUUGGUCAUUGCACCGUUAUCAACACUGACCAAUUGGUGCACAGAAUUUGCUCGUUUUGCACCCAAUGUACGCUGUAUGGUCUAUCAUGGCAAUAAAGAAAAACUUGCUGAACUACAAAAUGAGUUGAAAGAAUACCGUCAAGAUAAAAAAUCAUCGCCCAUUGUUAUCAUCACAGCUUAUCAUAUGGUUUUACACAGCAAAGCGUUCUUCAAACGAGAACAAUGGCCACUGUUAGUUAUUGAUGAAGGUCAUCGAUUGAAAAAUCCUAAAUGCCAAUUGAUGGUCAUGCUGCGACGUAUACAAACAGGCAGUCGAUUUUUAUUGACUGGAACGCCUGUGCAAAACAAUAUGAGUGAAAUGUGGUCGUUGAUGAAUUUCCUUCUACCAGAAAUUUUCGACGAACCAGAAGUUUUCGAACGUUAUUUUGAAAUUGAUUCAAUCGGUCAAUCAAAUACGAGUUUUAAAGAAGAACAAGAACGGUCAGUUCUGUCGAUUUUUCAUCAAAUUUUAAUUCCAUUUAUCUUACGACGUCGAAAAAAUGAUGUCAAUUUAUAUUUACCGCCGAAAAAAGAAGUGACUGUAUACACAAAAAUGACUAAUCUCCAAGUGAAAUGGUACAAUCAAUUGGUCGAUGAGAUUGUUCGUCGUUAUAUCAAUGAUCGAAAAAAAGAUGAAUUUGUACAAGUUUUCGACGAUGAUCAACGCUUACGAAGUCAACGCAAAGUCGAUGAUACACCGAAAGAAGCGAAGGAAAUAACGAUUGCAAAAAAGAUUACUGGUCGAAAUGUAAUAUUUCCAUUACUUCGGGCUUGUACACAUCCAUAUCUACUCGAUGCACCACUCGAUGAAAAUGGUGAAAUCUUAGUCAACGAAGAAUUGAUUGCUAGCAGUGGUAAAUUUAUUGUCUUGGACAAAAUGUUAGCGAAAUUACAAGGAACAAGUCAUAAGGUAUUGAUCUUCUCGACAUUGGUUAUUUUCCUUGAUUUACUUGAAUCCAUGUGUGAACAUCGAGAAUAUGAUUACGUGCGACUCGACGGAAGCACCGACUUUGAAGAACGAAUCGAAGCGAUUACAAAAUUCAAUAAAGAACCCGAUACAUUCAUCUUUUUAAUCAGCACACGAGCUGGUGGUUUGGGUUUGAAUUUGAUGGCAGCUGACACAGUUAUUUUGUUCAAUUCUGAUUGGAACCCAAUGAUCGAUAUUCAAGCUCAAGACCGUGCUCAUCGUAUCGGUCAAACCAAUCCUGUUAUUGUCUAUCGAUUUAUUGUUCGAAAUACCAUCGACGAACGUGUCUAUAAGCGUGCUUGUUCGAAACAAAUCAUGGAAAAAUUGAUUGUUCACGAUGAAUUGAAACAAGGUUUUGAUGCAUAUGAUAAAGUUUUGUCGUUUGAUCCUCAAGGCGAACAAGCCAAGUCGAUUAAUCUAGCUGAAUUAGUUGAAGGUAUAACCAAAGUCGAUCAUGGCACGAUAAUCACCGAAAACGAUUUGCUUUCGGAUGAACAUAUUGAUCGAUUAUUGGAUCGUUCUGAUCUUAUAGACAAAAUGCACCAGGAUCAAAAGCAACAAGAGCAACAAUUUAAAAAAAACUUCUAA